CCCAGGCAACUAGGGCCGGGCGCCCUCAGUACUGAAGGGAGGCGGCGGGCCCGGGUCAGGGGCCUCGAGAUCGGGCUUGGGCCCAGAGUAUGUUCCAGAUCCCAGAAUUUGAGCCGAGUGAGCAGGAAGACUCUAGCUCUGCAGAUAGGGGCCUGGGCCCCAGCCCUGCGGGGGACCGGCCCCCAGGCCCCGGCAAGCAUCGCUGCCCGGCCCCAGGUCUCCUGGGGGACGCCAGUCAUCAGCAGGGGCAGGCAACCAGCAGCACCCACCAUGGAGGCGCUGGAGCUGUGGAGACCCGAAGCCGCCACAGCUCGUACCCAGAGGGAACCGAGGUGGAUGAAGGGCUGGAGGAGGAGCCCAGCCCCUUCCGGGGCCGCUCGCGCUCGGCUCCCCCCAACCUCUGGGCUGCACAGCGCUACGGCCGCGAGCUCCGGAGGAUGAGCGACGAGUUCCAGGGCUCCUUCAAGGGACUUCCUCGCCCGAAGAGCGCGGGCACAGCGACGCAGAUGCGGCAAAGCUCAAGUUGGACGCGCAUCAUCCAGUCCUGGUGGGAUCGGAACUUGGGGAGAGGAGGCUCCACCCCCUCUCAGUGACCUUCCGUCCCGCAUUCCCGAUG